AUGGAUAAUAAAGAGAGAAAGCUUUGUAAGUUUUCGGAGAUUAUAGCAAGUAAAUUUCCUUGUCUCGUGGAAGGCCGCAAUGAGUCGGAAGCUAAGUGUAAGGUAUGCGACUGUUAUUUUAGUUUUGGUUCUAGAAGUAUCAAGGAUGUGCAAAGACACAUGGAAUCUGAAAAACAUAAGAAAAUGUCUAAAGCAGUGUCUUCCAAUAGACUAUGGAGAUUUUUCCCGGAUAUACCAGAUAGCUAUCUAUUAAACCCUACCUGUUCAACACCUAGCGUAUCUCUUCUGAGAUCCGAUGCGAUCACCCCCAACCUUUCGCCAGAACGUAAUGACGCCUCUCCAUCAAUUCUGGCUGUUCGGAGAUCUGGAAGUAGUACUCCGGACUUACCAGAUAUUUAUUAUCUAUCACCCAAUAACUCACCCUCUGGUCAAGGAGCAGCUACCACCUGGAGCAGUGAUCCAAACUCCAUGAAAAACAUAGAGUUUACUAAGGAACAGGAACUCUUAGUGCCGCCUCCAACUGAUCCUUACGAAGCAUUCCGAUUAUUGAUUGAUGACGAGUUGUUAGAUCUUAUAGUUCGCGAGACCAACGCGAACGCAAUAAGAGUCGGUAAAGAGCUAUCAUUGGAUGAGUCCAUGGUAUUGUGGCGCGAUCGGUUGCUGUUUCGACAAUUCAUAAAAAACAAACGUCAUAAAUAUGGCAUUGAACUCUAUGUUUUAGCAGAACCAGAUGGUACGGUUUUAAAAUUUCAAGUUUACGCCGGUGCUAAUGAUGAGACAUCAGGGCAAGGUCAUAGUAGUAAGAUUGUGUUCAAACUACUAGAAGAGAGACUGGACUGUGGCCAUCAUGUUAAUAUGGAUAAUUACUACAAUUCUUAUGGCCUGGCUGUGAAAUUGCUAGAUCGACAGACGUACUGCACAGGAACGUUAAGAAAAAACAGGAAAGAUAAUCCCGUCAAAAUUGGCUCUGUUUCACUGGAAAAAGGAGAAAACAAAUCCUUGUUCUUAAACGGCGCUCAUGUCGGAAAAUGGAGAUCAUGGUAG